AUGACGCAUGAUCUGGAACAGUUUGCCGCUCAUAUCAACCUCGAGGCCCGAGAGGCAGUGCGUCGCAAUGGUGAUAGGAGGCCGCCCCACGACCCGCCACUUUGCCUGAAGAGGAUCCAACGUAACCAAAAUGUGACGACGCUCGAUGACGAGGCGAAUAUUGACGGCUACCGUCUGCAAAAACCAAUAGCUUAUUUUCGACCAACAUCUUACUUGCUAUUCGCUAGUCGAGUACCAUUUUUGCUUCGCAAAACCCAGUCUGAAGGCAAGAUCAUACUCGCGACCCAGUUGUGUUUCCCGCAGAAGCACUUAAUGACUGUCUCGGCCUGCCUGGUUGACCGGUACCGUGGUUCCGGAGCACAAUCUGUCCAGAUGGACACAUUUUUCAACUCUCGCCCCGGGCUUUUCGGCGUUGCUUCAGUUUUCCGGUUAAAAAUGUCUGGAAGGUACCCGGGUGGACAAAAUAGCGGUCAAGAGAGAUACCAUUAA